CAUCCAUUAACCAUCUACGCCGUGCUGAAAGAUGUUCAAAAGAACACUGAGGAAUUGAAGGAGAUGGAAGAACUGAAAGAAGGCUUGAAUUUCCAAGUCAAGACAGUGGAAGAGCCGAAGAAGGAAAAUAAAGAAUUAAAAGUAAAAGUGACGGAGCUCAAGAACUUAGAUGUAUGCACAACAAAUCUCAAAACAGCACAAAAUAACGAACAUGAUCUGUAUAUAUGGUGUGUUGGUGGGGAUGUAGAAGAAGAUGACAUCGACAUUGAGCAUCGUCUCAGAUUUAAGAUCAAAGGAAUCACACCGAUCAUAGUAAGGUUUAAGUCUCAUAACAUUAAAACAGCGUUCAACUGACAUCAAGACAGGGCACAGGGCGUAUAUAAGSCCGAAACACAAUACAUUUACACGUAAAUAUGAAAACAAUAUACAAUACAUCUAUUAUGAUAGUAUGAGAGUACUUUGCGUAAAGUUCAUGAGACUUAAUUAACCUACUGACUAUAUGACAGCCUAUCAGUUUGAUAAAUGUGGAUACCAAGAUUUGCAAUAGAGCACUUUCAAGUAGAAUGGCAACAAUGAUACGAAACAAUCGAGAAAUUAAAGGGUUUAGUAUUCUGGAAAAUCUGGUUAAAAUCAUACUAUUUGCUGUUGAUACAAUUUUUUUCUUGAAAGACCGGGACUCUUUUACGAAAGUACUUGAAACACUAAGRAUUUUUUCCAGCUAUUCUUCUCUUAGCAUAAAUAUGCGCAGAGAAAUCGGAAAUAGGAUGGAUUAGUCCACAAACGCCCCUAGAUAAUAGUGCUUUGCUGGAAAUUCCUCAGAUGCAGCAGCAAUUGAACUGGGUUAAUGUCCAUGASACUGGAAUAAAAAUUUUGAGAAUUCUUGUAUGCGAAAGUUUCUUUACAAAUAUAAUUUUGAAAAGAACUUUGAAAAGUGUAAGACCAYCCUUGCUAUCUGGAAGUCGAUAACAUUAACUCUAAUAGGAAAAAUUCAGGUGAUUAACUCUCUAGGCUUAUCGAAAUUGUAUCAUAUUUGUUCGA